AUCGGUCAGCUGGGUUGGUGGAGAAAAUCCAGGUCGUGGUGGAAAUUUGUUUUGUUUGAAGUUUUGAUGUUGUGAUUAGUGAGUUUUGUUUUCGAUUUGUCUGAAAAACUAGUUGUAACAAGUUUGCGUCAAGUUUCCAUUGGGAGGCCAUCGGCAUCGUGUACUGAUUCUGCAUCGACGCAGUUAAGAAAGAAUUGCUCGAGUGAUUAAAAGUUAGUUCCAAGCCGGACGUGGCACAGUGAGGAGGAAUAUAGUUCCAGAUAAGAAGAACCAGUGAAAAAGGGUCGAAUUUUUACAAAAAAAAAGUGCUUGUGAUUAUCCAGCUGGGAUAGUGAUUGAACAGUCGUCGUCGUUUGAUCUACGAGGAAUAACAAGGAGUUCCAACGAUGCUGUCCGAGGUGGACGAACUACCUUCGAUCCAGCUGGGCGAUUAUUUGCUCAGGUUCGAGCUCGAAGAUCUGACCCCGUUUGGAAAGGAAGUUGCUCUCAAUGAGCUACGAGAAACGCCCGAAAUUAAGGAGCAAGCCGUCGCCGAACUGAAGGCCAUGUUUGAGGGCGUUGAAGAUCUGGUGGUCCCCCUGGACAAUGACGACUGGAUGGUUCGAUUCCUGCGACCGUGCAAAUUCUACCCCAAGAGCGCCUUUGAACUUAUUCAACGCUACUACCAGUUCAAGGUCAAACACGCCGACAUGUACCUGGACCUGAGUCCCUCUCGGGAGGCGAACAUUUUCAAGCAGAACAUCCUGGCCGUAUUCCCCAAUCGAGAUCAGCUCGGCCGUCGCAUUCUUCUGCUUGAGCUGGGCAAACACUGGCGCCACAAGGAGGUCAGCCUGGACGAGGUCUACAAAGGUUGCGUGCUGUUCCUGGAAGCGGCCAUGCUCGAACCGGAAACCCAAGUUCACGGCGCCGUCGUAAUCUUCGACAUGGACGGCCUCACGAUGCAGCAAGCUUGGCAGUUUACGCCACCCUUUGCCAAGCGGAUCGUCGACUGGCUCCAGGACGCUGUCCCGCUCCGGAUCAAGGGAAUCCACAUCAUCAACCAGCCGAAAAUAUUCAACAUCGUGUUUGCCCUGUUCAAGCCAAUUCUGCGCGAGAAGCUGCGCAACCGAAUCGUUUUUCACGGCACGGACCGCGAAUCGCUCUACAAGCACAUUUCGCAAGAGUGCCUUCCGCCGUGCUACGGUGGAACCGUUGACGCCCCCCGAGUUCAGGGAGAACAAUGGUACGAACUGCUCAUCAAGUGUGACGAUGAGUACACCGCGAUCAACAAGUACGGCUACCUGAAGCAGAUGGACGAAAUUAGAAUCAAGAAGAGCAAGAAAAAGUGAGAAAAUCCACCUAGAAUCAAAUGAGGGAACACAAACACAAAAAAAACAGUAACGGAAAUGUGAUCAAAAAACCAGACUAAAUUGAUCGAGACCUAAGUUAUCAAGUAACAAACACACACAAAAAACACACUAGCUUUAUUGUUUUAAUACAUCGUAAUUUUAGUGGAGCUCAGCCAUUCCUACUACUUAAAAAACAAUCAAAAUAUCUCACCGCGCAGAAUGUUAGUUUUGUAGUAUUUAUAUUUAUUAACAUUCUGUACAUGCCAGAAGAACAAUGGAAAAAGACAACUCUCUGUUGGUAUAAAGUGCUUAAUCGUAAUCGGAGAAUAAGGUUAAGGUUUUCUAGUUUGUAGCGUGUAAAUAAUCAACUUUAUAUUCCAGAGAAAUUAACGCGUUCGAAACUGUUCAAAUCAUAGGUAGAAUGUUUUAGUUAUUUUUAUUAAAAAGAUCGUAUUGGAAUUGA